ACAAGGAAGGUAGUUGUGAAGGGAGGAGGGCAAUUAUGGGAGCUUUUCCUCACAUAUAUUUCCUCAUCUUAAUUUCAUACUCUGUAUCUGACUCUAAUUUGUUAUCUUGUAAUUUAAAGGGAAAGUUUCAACUGAAUGAAUUGCACGAGCAGGGAAGUGUGACUCUGGGUGGGCUGUUUGUGGUACACUAUUCCUAUGUUUCCCCUGAGUGGACUUAUACCUCAGAGCCUCAGCAGCCCAGCUGCAAAGGGUUUGACACUCUGGGGUUCAGGUAUGCCAUGACAAUGGUGUUUGCUAUUGAUGAGAUCAACAGGAACUCCAGUCUGUUACCUAAUGUGACUCUGGGAUACAGUCUGUAUGACAACUGUGGAGCACUUGUGAUUGGGUUCAGUGGUGGACUGUCUCUUGCCAGUGGCAGAGAAGAGCAGUAUGUGUUUAAGGAGAACUGUUUGGGGACUCCUCCAGUCCUGGGGAUUGUUGGUGAUUCUGCCUCUACAUUUUCUAUUGCCACUUCAGAUGUGCUGGGUCUUUACAAAAUGCCACUUGUAAGUUAUUUUUCCACUUGUUCGUGCCUUAGUGAUCGGCAGCGGUUUCCAUCUUUCUUCAGAACAAUCCCAAGUGACGCUUUCCAGGUGCGUGCAAUGAUUCAGAUUCUGAAACACUUCAGCUGGACGUGGGUCGGCCUUCUGGUCAGCGAUGAUGAUUAUGGACUCAAUGUUGCUCGAUCCUUCCAGUCUGAUCUGGCUGAGUCCAGAGGAGGUUGUCUGGCCUACUUAGAGGUUUUGGCCUUGGACAGGGAUCUGAGUAAACUCCGAAGGAUUGUUGGUGUGAUGAAGACAUCCACAGCUCGUGUGGUCAUGGUUUUUGCACACGAGUACCAAAUGAUUGAUCUAAUGGCAGAGGUGCUGAGGCAGAAUGUGACAGAUCUGCAGUGGAUAGCCAGUGAAGCCUGGGCAUCAUAUACUGCGCUCCAGACUCCUGAGCUCAUGCCGUACCUGCAGGGAACACUCGGAAUCGCCAUCCGGCGAGGGGAGAUUCCAGGGCUCCAGGAAUUUUUAUUACAAAUACGCCCUGACAAAGAUAGCUCUGAAACUAACAUUGUGAGGCAGUUCUGGGAAUUCACAUUUCAGUGUAAAUUUGCUCCAUCAUCAGGAAGCUUGAAAGCUGGGGAAACACUCUGCACUGGAGAUGAAGACUUAGAAAAUGCCAAAACAGACUUUUUGGAUGUGUCAGACCUCAGGCCUGAGUAUAAUAUCUACAAAGCUGUGUAUGCUCUGGCUUAUGGCCUUGAUGAUGCAAUGAAGUGUGAGCCAGGGAGAGGGCCAUUCAGAGGGAAAAGCUGUGCCACUUUGCAAACAAUGGAGCCAUGGCAGCUUGUUCAUUAUUUACAAAAGGUCAACUUCACCACACCCUUUGGUGACCAAGUUUCAUUUGAUGACAACGGUGAUGCCCUACCGAUCUAUGAUGUCAUCAGCUGGCUGUGGCUCCCUGAUGGAAGAACUAAAGUUCAAACUGUGGGUGAGGUGAAAAGGUCUGAUUUGAGAGGUGAAGAACUUAAAAUUGAUGAAAACAAAAUCUUCUGGAACUUCAAAUCAAAGAAGCCACCUCUGUCAGUGUGCAGUGAAAGCUGUCCUCCAGGUACCCGCAUGGCCAGAAGGAAAGGACAACCUGAGUGCUGCUUUGACUGUGUCCCUUGUUCAGAGGGACAGAUCAGCAAUUCAUCUGACUCCACAGAGUGCACCAGUUGUCCAGAAAACUUCUGGGCCAGUCCAGAGCGUGACCACUGUGUUCCAAAGAAAACAGAGUUUCUCUCCUACCAUGAGCCUUUGGGAAUCUGCCUCACAACUGCCUCCUUACUGGGCUCAUUUCUCUGUGCUGUCGUCCUGGGGAUCUUCACCUAUCAUCGCAGCACGCCCAUGGUCCGAGCCAACAACUCAGAGUUGAGUUUCCUGCUCCUGGUGGCACUAAAACUCUGCUUCCUGUGUUCACUGCUGUUCAUUGGUCGUCCCAGUCUUUGGACAUGCCAGCUGAGACACGCAGCAUUCGGUAUCAUCUUUGUUUUUUGUGUGUCAUGUAUUUUGGUGAAAACCAUGGUGGUUCUUGCUGUGUUCAAGGCCUCCAAGCCAGGAGGGGGAGCUGUUCUCAAGUGGUUUGGUGCCAUGCAACAGCGAGGGACAGUCCUGGUGCUGACUUCUAUCCAGGCAACGAUUUGCACUGUCUGGAUUGUCUCCUCCUCACCUUCUCCUCAUAAAAACACUCAAUACUUCAAUGACAAGAUAGUUUAUGAGUGUGUUGUCGGGUCCACCAUUGGUUUUGCUGUCUUGUUGGGUUAUAUUGGCUUUCUGGCUAUCCUCAGCUUCCUGUUGGCGUUUCUGGCCAGGAAUCUGCCCGACAACUUCAACGAGGCUAAACUCAUCACUUUCAGCAUGCUGAUCUUCUGUGCUGUGUGGGUUGCCUUUGUCCCUGCUUAUGUCAACUCACCAGGGAAGUAUGCAGACGCUGUCGAGAUAUUUGCCAUCCUGGCCUCCAGUUUUGGCCUGUUAGUGGCACUGUUUGGACCAAAAUGUUACAUAAUCCUGCUGAGACCAGAGAGGAACACAAAGAAAGCAAUCAUGGGUCGAGCCAUUUCCAAAUAA